AUGGCCUGUUCCUGUAUCAGAACCUACUUCUCGAAGUUAUCUCACAAGCAACAUCAAAAAUCUAUUCUAAGACAGGACCAAAAAGAUGCCCAAAUCAAAGUCGAUGAAGAAACCAAAUUCAACACUGGAAUGAACGCUCAAAUUGAAGCGAUUACGGAACCAAGACUCGGAAUGGGGGAUAUUACUGAGGAGGAAUAUGAUAGAGGAGUCAUUGAUUAUAGAGAAUACGAACCAAUCACCAUUACUCUGAAUGAUGUUCAUGGAGUUACGCAUAUUCAGGAGGUCAUCAACUUCAAUCUUUCAGUCCCCUUGGAUGAGCUUUCAAACCUAGACAGAAUCGAGACGGCGGGGAAAGAGCUCAGUAGCGAGUCUCAAGAUAUAGUAGAGAUGGUAGAGAGUAACCACACGCCUAUGACCAACGAAUUUUGUGACAGGGAAAAUCUACAGAUAGUAGAAGUCAAUAAUCCUGCUAUCACCAACGAAUCAAGUGACAAGGAAAGUCUAGAAAUGGUAGCCAUAGAUAUGGAUGGUCAGGAAACACGCAUCACAUGGCGAGAGUUUCCUCGAAACAUCUUCUGCUAUACAUCUAAUUCUAAUUCUAAUUCACACCUAAUUUAUGCACUAUCUCACCUCCAUCAUUUAAAUCCCAAAAUGCCUUUCUCAAACCUCUCAUCUUUCAACCGACUAUUUGGCCACCACUGCCCGCAUCCCACUCACUGCCCUACCUGCCAAACCGGCAUAUACAACUCCAAACUCCCCAAAAAGACCCCGAAAGAAACCAUCUCCUUCCGAUCCAUCGUCGAAGAACACUUCACCUCCAUCAUCCGCGCGGAUCCCCGCAUCAUCAAACGAAGACUCCACGUUUUCGUCGGCCAACCCAUAACUCUCCACCUCGCCACUUCAGAGAAUGAAUAUGUGCAUGAAUAUCUUUGUUUCGAUUGGGGGAAACCGGAAAGUCUAAAUUUGGAUUUCCAGGAGAAAUCAGUUAAGACUCAACAAGAUCUUGUGAACUCGUGGGAGCUGGCGGAGAGGGUUUCGCCGAAGGAGGGAAAGAGAAUGGUGAUUAAGAGGGGAUUUGUGGUUACGCGGGUCGAUACGGAGAUUUGUCGCAGUAUGUAUCCGAGGAGCCCUACGAGAUAUUGGAAGGCGAAACAUACUUUGUUGAGGGAAUAUGUGGAUUUGUAA